AUGGACCACUACGAUGCUACUUUUCCUGAACAAGUUGUUGAAUAUGAAGAAAUACUUGAAGAACAAAAUGUAAUUGAGGAUGGACAAUAUUACGAGGAAGAUGUAAUUAUUGAAAGUACAUCAGAUCAUCCAGAAUCUUCUUCAAAUAUUUAUUAUGGACAAAAUGAGCAAAAAUCUUCUACACCUUUCCGUCCAUUAAAUUCAAUUUCGACGGGGCGAGUUCAACCAAUUGGAAAUAUACAAAAUAUUAAAACAAAAAUUGGAACAUCUUUGGUUUAUACACCUCCAUCUAUUGCAAAUAUUAAGAGGGAACCAACAUCCUUUUCUGCUAAUUUUGCUAGCAUUUUUCCUGCAAAAUCGCCAAAACCUGCAAAAAUACGUAAAGUAGCAAGCAAAAGAAAGCCUUGUAAUUGCACAAAAUCGAUGUGUUUAAAGCUUUAUUGUGAUUGUUUUGCUAGUGGAGAAUUUUGUUUGGAUUGUAAUUGUAGGGAUUGUCAUAAUAAUUUGGAGCAUGAAUCUGAAAGAAGUAGAGCAAUAAAGUCUUCGUUAGAAAGAAAUCCUAGCGCUUUUAAACCUAAAAUUGGUGUUGCUGCAAAAGCGAUUGGAAAGGCAAUUGAUAUGGAAAGAUUACAUCAAAAAGGAUGUCAUUGUAAAAAGUCUAAUUGUUUGAAGAAUUAUUGUGAAUGUUAUGAGGCAAAAGUGCCCUGUACUGAACGGUGUAAAUGUAUUGCUUGCAAGUUAAUUUUUUUUUAA